AUGCAUUUCCGGGCCGAUAGCCUUGACGUCACUCGCCUGGCUGUCUUUGUGUUGCUCAUCCUUCAUGGCAACAUUCGGACCUAUGACUAUGUUGUUGUCGGUGGCGGGACUGCUGGGAUCGCCGUGGCGACGCGACUGGCCCAGAUGUCAUUUACUGUCGCCCUCGUUGAGGCCGGUGGGUACUAUCAGGGAAUAUCACUGGCUCCCAUACCGUCCAGUGAUUUGUUUAGAGUAGGUGCGAGACCACGGAUUCGCUCGCUGAUUGAUUGGGGCUUUGUGGCCGAACCCCAACCAGGGGCCAACAUGCGGUAUAUCCACUAUGCCAGAGGUCGAUGCUUGGGCGGAUCUUCUGCAAUCAACUUCAUGAUUUAUCAGCGUCCAACCCGCGACUCGAUGGCCGAAUGGGCCGCAACCGUGAAUGACAGCAGCUACACCUGGGACCGAGUCUUACCUUACUUUAAGCGCAGCGUCCAUUUCACCCCUCCUGACUUCAUUGGUCGAUUUCCGAAUGCGACACCGAGCUAUGAUCCUGGCGCCUACGAUCCUAAAGGAGGUCCUCUUGAGGUGUCAUUCGCAAACUUUGCCAUGCCCUUCUCCUCAUGGAUGAAACUCGGAAUGAAUGCCAUCGGCAUCGACGAUAUCCGGGACUUUAACGAAGGAUCCUUGCUUGGAGCGCAAUACUGUACCGUCACCGUCCGACCGCCCGAUGAGACACGCAGUAGCUCGCAAACGGCCUUCCUCGGGAAGUCGAAGCCGCCAACGAUGGAUAUUUUCACCUAUACCCUAGCACAGAAGAUUCUUUUUGAUAGCGAGAAGCGGGCCACUGGUGUGCUGGUUACCGACAAAUCGUCCGCCUCUUUUGAACUACGUGCAGUCAGAGAAGUGGUGUUAUCCGCGGGUGCGUUGCAAUCGCCGCAGCUGUUGAUGGUAUCCGGGAUAGGCCCAGCUCCUACACUACAGGAUCAUGGUAUCCCGGUGAUCGCGGAUCUCCCUGGAGUCGGACAGAAUAUGUGGGAUCAUCCUUUUUUCGGCCCCUCCUACCGGGUCCAGGUAGUGACCUUCACCGAGUAUGUGAAUGAUAUCUGGUUUACGAUAUGGGAGCUCAUAAAGUGGCUCUCCUUUGGUCGCGGCAUGGGCAGCAGCACCGGUGCCGACUUUCUGGCGUGGGAAAAGAUUCCAACCGAUUUGCGAAUGAAGUUUUCCAAUAGAACCCUGACGGAUCUCGAGCAGUUCCCGCCGGACUGGCCCGAAGCUGAGUAUAUUUCUGGACCGGGCUAUGUGGGUGCCUUCGCAGAUCCAGUAUUUGAACAACCCAAAGAUGGCUACCGGUACGCGUCCAUCUUAGGCGUCCUUGUCGCACCAACCUCUCGAGGCAAUGUGACCAUCAGAUCGGCAAACAUGGCACACUUUCCGGUCAUCAAUCCAAACUGGCUGGACACAGAUACAGAUCAGGAAGUUGCAAUUGCCAUGUUCAAACGAAUCCGUGAAGCAGCUAGUACUUCGGUCAUGGCGCCGGUUAUGAUAGGGCCCGAGUACGAUCCCGGAAGUCACGUUCAGACGGACGACGAUAUCCUCGAGUACAUUCGUAAUAGCGUUAUGACGAUUUGGCAUCCGGCCUGUACAUGUAAGAUGGGCAGAGCCGACGACACUAUGGCGGUUGUAGAUAGUGAGGCGCGUGUCUUUGGGGUGGAGCGCCUGCGAGUGGUGGAUGCCAGCGCGUUCCCUAUUUUACCCCCGGGGCACCCUCAGUCUACAGUUUAUAUGCUGGCAGAGAAGAUAUCCGACGUCAUGAUCCAUGGAAGUAAUCGUAGUUCGUAGGUCCGUGGCUGAUCUCCGGAGAUUUCAAUAUUUUACCUCUAGAGCUGAAAUGUAUGAACGAACAUGACACUCUCA